AUGGUGUGUACACCAAAUAAGUGUUCACCUGCUUCUGAUAAGUUCACAAAAAUGAAGGAAAAGUAUCUAAUAAAAAAGUGCAACCUGAAAGCUAUGUUGAUAUCCAAAGACCUGUGUGAGACUGAGGGUGUGUCCCAAAGAAGCGGGCCGACCGAGGCAGAGCGUGGGGUAAGGCGUCUCCGUGACGCCAUGCCGGAGAAGCUGACGACAUUCUGCAAGGCACACCUUUCCAUUCUGCUCGAGAUGGACGACAGGAAACUCGACGAGAUCGUCCCAAACCCCGUCACCGACCUUAUCGCCAACAAGAAGAAGGCCACCACAAUAUUCUCUAAGAAAAAAGAUCGCAGCGCUAGCUCGACCCCGUUAUCGAAGGAAAUGGUGUUCGCCAUGAGUAAGCUUGUGGACUAUCUCUCUCGACCAGAAAACAUCGAGACCGAGGGCAUCUUCCGCAAGACUGGCAACGUGGCCCGCCAAAGGCUUCUCAAGGGUUUGGUUCUUGGGGAUACCGGGGACUUCAACCUGAACGACUACACGUUCUCCUCCCACGACGUGGCCACCGUUCUCAAGCAGAUCCUCUCUGAGCUGCCCGACCCUCUUUUCACUCAGAAACAUUUCGAGGCUCACCUCAAGAUUGCUGACAUGAGCAAGUUGUGUGUGUCGGAGCAAGAGAAGAAGCGCGCACUGGAGAAGCAAAUCAAGUCCCUUCAGAUGCUGAUGUUGCUUCUGCCCCGGGAGAACGCUGCCUUCAUCGAGACCCUCCUUCAGCUGCUGCACCGCUGCGCAAGCUGCCCAGAGAACAAGAUGGCCACCGCAUCCCUCGGUGUAGUAUUUGCACCUAGCCUCCUCUGUCCCCGAAAGCUUUCCGCUGAGGGCCUCCAUAGCGUCUCUGGAACACUGAGCAAAGCAGUCACCCUGAUGAUCGAGAAUACGGAGUCAAUCUUUAAAGUUCCACGCGAGAUUGCAGCCGACGUAGCAAACUUCUGGCAGGAGACGAAGAACCCGAGUAUUGAUCCGCUCACUCCUCAGCCCUGCAACGAAAAGGACCGCGCAAAUAUACAGAAGAAACAGUAUUGUAUAUUCCAGAACGGUAGCUCGAGCGUUGUGAACACCGUCCACACAAUUGCGGAGAGAAAGUCGCCCGAGGAGUACACAUGCGCUCAGGACACAAAGACUGCCCUGGCCCAGCUGAUUGCCCAUGUCCAGUUUGCAAAGAAACUCCUUAAACCGUUCAACCGCACCGGUAAAGUGCAAAACAGCACCGAGAAGGGAAAGCAUUCGCGCAGUAGGUCAUUUGGCGAAUCGAUAAAGCGUCACAGUCCAGCUGUUUACAUCGUCAACAUGGAGCACCAGUGA